AUGAAAUUCAUAGUAAUUGAAUACUGCAAUGAAGGGGAUCUCUACACAUAUCACAUUAAAAAAUAAUAAGAAGUUUAGACUUUGGAAUAAGCACUAGAAGUUAUAGAUAUUGCAAUUUAAAUUACUAAAGGCAUGAUGAUAUUAAAAGAACUAAACCUAGCGCAUAGAGAUUUAAAGCCUGAAAAUAUAUUGAUCCAUAAUGAUGGAGAAAAAAUUAUAGCUAAAAUAUCAGAUUAUGGACUAACUAAAGAGGUAUAAAGAGAUUUAAAAUCAAUUGUAGGAACACCAAGUUAUAUGGCUCCUGAAAUACUAUCUGCUUAUAAGAAAGGCUCAGUAUAUGACGAUAAAAUAGACGUUUGGUCUUUUGGAUUAAUUUUAUAUGAAAUGUUUACUUGCAAAUAAAUAUUUAAAGGUGAUUAAAAAUAGAUUUUUAAUUAACUCAUUCACUAUAAUAACAAAAUUGAUUAACUUUUAUUUUAAGACAGAAAUAAAUGA